AUGGUACUGGGGAAGAAACUGAGUUGCUUGUGGGCCUUAGGGCUCUGUCUGGUGGCUAGUAAACCGUCUCCUAAAGUCCCUACCAACACAGACCAGAUUUUCAUUGACCACUGCAUUGAAGCUCACAAUGAAAUGCGUGGCAAAGUCUCACCACCUGCAGCCAACAUGAAACACAUGACUUGGGAUGAAGGUUUAGUGAAGAUUGCUAAAGUAUGGUCAAACAAGUACAAAUUUCAACAAAACACCUGUUUGGCCAAAUCAUAUGAAUGCCACCCAACUUUUCAAUAUAUUGGAGAAAAUAUGUGGCUAGGUGAAAUAAACAUAUUUACACCAAAAACUGCUAUCUUUGCUUGGUAUAAUGAAACAGACUUUUAUGAUACUAAUAGUCUAUCAUGUUCCAGAGUUUGUGGUCAUUAUACCAAGGUAGUUUGGGCCAAUUCAUAUAAAGUUGGUUGUGCAAUUGCAAUUUGUCCUAACCUUGGGGGAGCUGAUACUGGAAUAUUUGUAUGCAACUAUGGACCUGUAGGAAAUUUUCCAAAUAUGCCUCCUUACACUAAAGGAAAAUCCUGCUCUUUGUGUGGAAAAGAAGACACUUGUGUAAAGAAGCUCUGUGAGAAGGUGUCUAAUCAGGUGAAGAGAGAUGAUUUGAAAAUUGGAAAAAAAAAGAUGUGCCACAAAAGAUGA